AUGGUUGCCUGGGGAAAACAGCACUGCUGUGUUGGCAGAAUACAGGACAUUUUCUUGAGAUUCAGGAUUGUUCUAGCAGUCCUUUUACUUCAUUUGUUCCUGGCUACAGCAGGCAAAGAUCAGGAGGAUUUCCUAGGACAGUAUAAAGCCAUCUUUAAGACUCCAUGUGAAGAUCCUUGGCUUAUGUCACCAAGAAUUUCUCUGCAUCCCUUGAAGGAGUUCAUUGUCUGUGUGCACCUCAAGCUAUAUUCCUCAAAUAGUUCCUGGACAGCAUAUGUAUACAAUCAAGAAACACCUCACAUCAAUCUCUCUGGAAAUAAGUAUGAUCUUGGACUUACAGGAGAUCAUGGUAAAUUGAGGAUAUGGUUGUUUGGAAAUCAAAUAAAUACAACAGCAAGACUUCAUGAAAAUACUUGGAACCAAAUAUGUAUCCAGUGGAAAAGUGAAGAUGAGGAGAUGAAACUAUUCAUAAAUGGAACAAAAAAAGUAAACAAAAAACUAACUGGGAAACUUAUUUUUCCUGGAAAAGGGCAGUUCUUACUUGGCUGUUCAAAGCUGCCAGGUACAGCUACGUCACCUAACCUGGGUAUGACCGGGGAGCUGUACAUGUUCAGAAUGUGGGAUAAAGCAAAUAUAAAGCAGUCUCAGGACUGUGAAGAUAGUGGUGUUAUACGCUGGAGAAAGGAGGAUUGGGUCUAUAAUAAGACAGCAGAAGAGGAUAACUCUUUGCCAUGUGUUGAAACUGCUGCUAUGUUGCCUGGCAGAAAACUGAUAACAGCUGAAAAUUCAAGAGAAUCAGCUGCAACAACCAUUUCUGAUAUGACUUCAGAGGAGACUACACAAACUGCAGAAGCUCUUAACAUCACUGAUUAUUACUCCACCAUAACACCAGAAAUUAUUGCAGGAGAAACUAUUUUAUGCAACAUAACACCUGUCUGUAAUUUUUCAGUGUUCUAUGUGGGCAAGGUAAAACUUCAGGCAAGUGAAGAAAGUAACACGUCACUAAAUGUAGAAAUAAUUAAUAACAUAACCAUCAACAAUCAAGUAACAAAAUUACUUGCAAUUCCAGCACCUACCCCACAAGAAUUGAGAAUUUCAGAGUUCAACAAAACCUUGCAAGCAGUAAGUGAGUCCUCUGUUAUGGAAUGCAGUGCAGAAAACCAGAGUAUACACUGCAAUUUCAUAAUGAAGCUGGCUGAGAGAGAGAAUAUAAGCACUUUAACAGACGAAGCAGAAAUAAGCCAAAUUAAACAGUGCUGCUGUUCAUCACUGAAGUAUUGUUCCUUGACUGCUGAAGAAUUACAAAUGUAUACUAUACAAGUGCCACCUCAUUCUAUAUGGGUUCCUUUCCCUCGUUCUCCUUCUCUCCCUAAAAAGACUCCCCCCAAAUCUAAUACUUUUAUUUCCCCUACUAUGCUUUCUACCAAACAAAGCCCCACAAUUAGACCACUGAUCCCACCAUUCACAGAAAUUUCUUUUUCUGGAACUCUCUCCCCAUCUCCCACUACCAACCUUCUCUCUGAAAGUUCUACCACAUCUGCUACUGAAACUUCUGUGUCUUCUACCAGUGUUACCACCACGCUUUCCUCUUCUGAGUCUCUUGCUCAACCUACCAUGCCAACUUUUUCUUCCAUAGCUUCUAAUAAACCUGUCACUAUUUCCAUGCCUGCAACAAAAUCUGUCACUAAUGCUGCUUUCUCAAUUAAAUCUGAUACCGCAUAUCUUAGCAAGCCUGUUACAAUAAUUUCUCCUUCUGUAGGUUUCACUAAACAUUCUGCAGUUUCCUCUUCUGAGCUUCCCCCCAAACCUUCAAUAGCAAUUCCCCCCUUUGAGACUACCACCAAAUCUGUUGCACAAAUUCAUCCUGCUACAGAUUCCACCCAGCCUAUCUCUGGCAACAAAAACGUUACUACAGCACCUAUUCUUCCCCUUACUCCUUUCACAAUAACUUUGACCCCUACUGUUAGUCCUAUCAACCAGUCUGUCUCAGCUUCUCAUCCUCAUUCUACUGCUGAUGGCCAUGGUAGCCCAGGAAAGAUACUAUCAGCUACCACAUACACAACUUCUGUAUAUACCACCAUUAGUAUCACCACAGCUGAGCAAAUUGUGUCCAAAAUAGAAAACGAUUUAGCAGCUGGAACAGUAGAGCCAAAAGAUGUAGAAAGGAUGGUUAGUGAGGUUAGCAAAGUCCUGACCGCUUCCCAACCAUUACCACCCCGAAUUUCUAACAGAAUUAUAAAACUGGUGGAUUAUAUUGGCUUAAAACUGAACUUUUCAGCAACCUCUGUUGAUUUUGCCUCCCCUUCCUUGGCUCUGGCAGUUGUCAAAACCAAUAGCAUCCACUCCAAUCAAAUGUCUUUUGCUGUCCAGGACUCAGCUGAUCUCCAGAUCUCUCUAGGCAUUAAUGCAAUUCAUGAUUUAAAUCAUCUCGGAUCAAUUACACUUCCUUCAUCAUUGCUGACAAAUUUACCCCCUGAAGAGUUGGACGUGGCUUCUAGAAUUAUAUUCAACUUCUUUAAAAAGACCACUGUGUUCCAGGAUCUGUCCCUGAAGAAUGCAUCUUUAAUCAGCAAUGUUAUAUCAUCAAGUGUUGCUAACCUCACAAUUAGCAACUUAAAGGCAAAUGUUACUGUCACUUUACAGAAUAUCAAACCUAAUCAGGAUAAUUCAACAGUUAGAUGUGUUUUUUGGGACUUUAAUAAAAAUGGUGGACAUGGAGGCUGGUCAUACGAAGGUUGCGUAGUUAAAGAAAGUAGAGUAAAUGAAACAGUCUGUUCAUGCAACCACCUCACAAGCUUUGCAGUUUUGAUGAACUUGUAUGGAAAUACUCCGUUGAAUCCCACACAAGAAUUGGUACUGACUUUUAUAUCCUAUAUAGGCUGUGGCCUCUCUGCAAUCUUUCUUUCUAUUACUCUUGUGACCUACAUAGCCUUUGAGAAAAUCCGGAGAGACUACCCUUCCAAAAUCCUAAUUCAGCUGUGUUCUGCAUUACUUCUACUCAACUUAGUUUUCCUCCUUGACUCAUGGAUUGCACUGUAUGAUACACGAGGCCUGUGCAUUGCAGUUGCAGUAUUUCUUCACUAUUUCCUCUUGGUUUCUUUCACCUGGAUGGGCCUAGAAGCUUUCCACAUGUAUCUGGCACUUGUGAAAGUCUUUAAUACCUAUGUACGGAAAUACAUUCUUAAAUUUUGCGUUGUUGGUUGGGGGUUACCAGCAAUAGUUGUGUCCAUUGUGUUGGCAGUAUCACCAGAUAAUUAUGGACUUAUAACCACUGGAAAGGUUUCAAUAAAUAGACCUGAUGAAUUCUGCUGGAUUAAAAAUCGAAUUGUCUUCUAUAUUACUGCUGUGGGAUACUUUUGCCUGAUAUUCCUGAUCAAUAUCAGCAUGUUCAUUGUUGUGCUGAUCCAGCUCUGUCGUAUCAAAAAGAAAAAACAACUUGGUGCUCAAAGAAAAACCAGUAUUCAAGACCUUAGGAGUGUUGCUGGCCUCACAUUCUUGUUGGGAAUUACUUGGGGAUUUGCUUUCUUCACAGUAAAUGAGGUAUUUACUUACCUCUUUACCAUUUUCAACACUUUGCAAGGGUUCUUCAUUUUUAUCUUCUAUUGUGUAGCGAAGGAGAAUGUCCGUAAACAGUGGAGAAGAUAUCUCUGUUGUGGGAAAUUCAGGCUGGCUGAAAACUCUGACUGGAGUCGAACUGCUACUAAUGGUUUAAAGAAGCAGACUGUAAAUCAAGGAGUAUCCAGUUCUUCCAAUUCCUUACAAUCAAACAGUAACUCCACUAACUCUACAACUCUGCUAAUGAAUAAUGAUUAUUCAGUGCACGCGAAUGGAAAUGGCCAUCUUUCCAGUGAGAAGAAUGGUGUUUCUUUCAGUGUACAGAAUGGUGAUGUGUGUCUCCAUGACUUUUCAGGCAAACAACUUGUAUUUCAAGAAAAGGAUGAUACAGGCAGCCAAAAAAGCCAUAUCUCGCUCAGAAGGACUUCAAAGAGGGGAAGCUUAACUUUUAUUGAGAAAAUGUGAUUUCCUUUUAAACAGCACAUUGUUUUACAGUGUGAAGUAGAGAUUUACUUUAACAGUUUUACAUAAUGUGAGCAGAUCAAGAACUGAUUUUAUUUAAAAUAUGGGACUGGAACUUCAAGGCAGCCAUGCAAAGGAUUUACAAAGGCAAAUAUUUAAAAAAAAAAAAAAAAAAAAAAAAGCUGCUAUUUUGACAAAGUAUCUUGGUUGUCAAAUUACAGCUGGCACAUUUCCAUUUUGAUUUUUCAUUAGAGGGGUUUUUGAG